CUCCAACCGCACAGUUCAUGAUGGUGCUAUGCGCCUUUUAGCUUCAUCCAAUCUCUUCUUAUCGCGUUGCACAUGGUGUUGUCGCACAGCACGGCAUGUGCCCCUCUAUAAAUACACUCUGCGGCGGGCGUCGUAUAUCGCUCGUCCGUGUUUGCGCGAGCACAUUGAGCAUGUACGCGUCGGGAACAGUGGAAGCAUUACUUUGAGGAUCCUAGAACCCCUUCCUUCUCCAUCGACCAGAGGUUCGAAAGUCAUUCUCUACCUGCCGCCUGGCCCAGUAUUCUCUCAAUUUCCAUCAAACGACGGUUUUCAAGACAGUUUCACCGGCGAUCAGAAUGCUGUGGAUUCCGCCGAACUGUUGGCCUCUGCAAGUCUGUCCACAACCGUGACAGUUAACUAUCGGCUAGGUCAGAAACUAGGCGAUGAUGGAAAGUCAACUUUCAGAUUUCCAGCCCCGAUACACGAUACACUUGCUGGCUUUGAUUGGAUAUUCCAAAAUAUCAAUCCCCCUCGGAUAAAUGUGUUUGGAAAGCAUAUUGGUGGCUCGCUGGCCUUGAUGCUAGCACUUACUGAACCGCAGUCUAUAGCUGCAGUAGCCGCACAAGACCCUGUAUGCGAUUGGGUUGGACUGGAUGACUAUUGUAUAGUCGAAUCGGAUGAAAAAGGUACCUUGCCGAAACACGCGAGUUCGACUGUGCAUGAGAGGGGCCUUCACGAUCACAAGAAACGGGGUCGGAAGAGGAAGCCACAGAAGCCGCUGCCCGCUGAUUUAGUACCCCUUCUGAAGGCGCGGAAUGUUCUUUUCCAUGCUCCCCAGAAUUAUUUCGAUCCUUUCGCCUCGCCUGCGUUGUUUCUCCGAACAGCUGGGAAAUACUGUCCUACCAAGUUCCCUGCUGUUUUUACCGGCCCGAACUACCCCGUUCCUUUACUCAAACCUCCCAAAGAACGAGAUUUGUGGACUCUGACAGCCUCCAUGCUAGAGAAAGAAGAGGCGGAGGCCGAGGAGGAUGUUCCUGAUUCUGCGAAACAUAUCGUGCGUCGCAGGAAGACUCUUACACGGUGGCCACCGCUCGGAUUAGACUAUGGAAGUCACCCUUCUCCGAAUACCGGAUAUAAGGAGGCUGCAUUGAACACCGUAGUUCUUCCAAAUGUGAGGGUUUUCAUUCAUUCAAACUUAUAUUCAAAGGAGGCACAGACCGAGCGGCAACCUACUCUCACCGAUGCUGUCGACGCACUGAGUUCACAACUUGAAACUACAACUUUAUCGCCGGAUGAGCAAGUUGAUUCUUAUCCGGAGGAUAAAUCUCAGUCUGCUUCAAGUCGCCGAAGUCGACAUUCCUCACCCCGAGGCUCCCUCCCAGACCUAAGCAAACUGGAAGAAGAGACCGUCCUCGCGGCGCAGGGUGCUGAAAUGGUCCAUCUCAUGCACAGCGCAUGUUUCUGGGGCCGAGAAAAAGGGGUUGGAGAGAAUAGAGUCACGCUAGUUCGGGUGCCAUACAGUAGCACCUCGUCAACUGGGAAAUUUAUGGGCGAUACCCAAAAUGCAGACAACUUUAUUGGUGGUGACGGACAUGACGUACAACGCCAAAAUACAGCGGCGCAUGAGACGUCCGUCUCCGUCGAGGAGCAAGCUGGAGAGUGGUUUCUAUCUAUCCCAGAAGCAGAAUGUGGGAAGGAUGGAUCUGAAUAAUUUUCCUUGCAAACGGUCAGUCUUACGUCCAAAUAAGCUGCAACCCGUGGUGUGGCCUCGCUGCAUUGAAAGAUGCUUGCGAGCCGAGGCUGGAUUCAAAAAUCAACAGCCACGCACGGCCAGCUGCAAACACUCCGUCUUAGAAUAUUUAUCAUUGGAUUGAGAGAAGCUCGGGUGUUUUCUAUUCAUCCUAUUGCCCAACUUCCCUUUGCGCAAACGACUCCAGAACCCCACCGUUCACGCCAUGCAGACAAAGGGAAAAAAAAAAAAGAGAGAGAGAAAAAGCUGACUCGACCUCAUGUGGUACUUUGUCAAUAAGAGGGAAAAGAUAUGUAGAACCAAAAAUCGGAAGGGUAAAAGAAAGAAACAUCCACGGAUAUAACUCGAAACGAAUUUUUCUUUCAGGAUGAAUUGGCAUUGGGAAAGGGGUCGUUCUGCCAUACCCCAGUGAGACCGGAUUACAUGACACGACACAUGAGAAGGGGAAGGAGAUAAUAAAAGGGAAACCGUCACACCGUAAAGAUAUUUUGUAUGAUUUUCAUUAUUCAUUGAUAAUUUGUUUUGCUUCGCCCAGAGUAGGUGGAGCUGCAGGAACGGAAGUAUGGGUGGACACAGGCUUGUUUCGCAGAGAUACGACGUGCAGGAUCAUAUUCGAGCAUCGCGUCCAACAGCAAGAGCCCGCUUUCUUCUAGGCCCGUAACAAUCUUUCGGAUGUCUUCCCGUCUCCAUUUGGGAAAGGAGCUUUUGAAGUCCGGGAACGAAGUCACGCCGGGCCAACUUCUCUCAUCGGGAGUACCACGUAUUCUAUGAUGAUCACGUCAAUGCAUGUCCCUCAGAAUAUACUACAGUAAAACUUACCUGAAAAUUUUGAAUAUUUCGUCAAUCUCAGAAUCCCCGGGGAACA